AUGGCCGACGCCAUGGAAAAGCCCAAGUGUGGCAGUGAGCAAAGCGGCGACAACUACGACUUUCCGCUGCACGUUGCGGCAGUGUUCAUUGUCUUUCUCGCCAGUAUCGGAGGUUGUGGUUUCCCUGUUGUGGCAAAGAAGGUCAAGUGGAUGAACAUCCCGCCAAAGGUUUUCUUCUUCUGCAAACACUUUGGUACCGGUGUUCUCAUCGCUACGGCUUUCGUUCAUCUUCUCCCAACGGCUUUCGCAUCGCUCAAUGAUCCGUGUCUCCCAGAUCUUUUUACCGACAAGUACCCAGCCAUGCCCGGUGUCAUUAUGAUGGGAUCUCUCUUUGUACUUUUCUGUAUUGAGAUGUGGCUUAAUGCAAAGACCGGCGGACAUAGUCAUGGUAGUGCUACCGGCGACGAAUUUGGUGCCAACAGGAACAACGCUGGGGUUCAGGCAGCAUUCAACCACCCCCUCAGGCGCACAAAUAGCUACGAUUCACAAAUGACCAUGGCCAUGCGUGAUGAUAAGAAACAGUGGGUAGAGGCCACGUACCCACUUGACAAGGGAUUCCCCCUGAGUGACUCCAAGGACGGACUCGAGCCAAAAUCUGAGAUGCCACCGUGGUUCAUCGUCUUUUACGAGCAGUACGUCCGCCAGCGUGAUGAAAUGGUCAAUAUGAUCAACCGUGUCAUGCCGACUCUUCCCGGAUAUAACCAACAACAACAACCCUCUAAACCGGAUGUCAACCAGCAAAAGUCGUACUUCGAAGACGAUGUUGAGAACGGCACGGUCGAUCCCAUGGUUCUCAAGAAGCAGUCCAUGCAGAUCACGCUCAUUGAGGGUGGUAUCCUCUUCCACUCUGUCUUCGUCGGCAUGACGGUCUCUAUCACCUCCGAGGGAUUCAUCAUCCUGCUCAUUGCCAUUGUCUUCCACCAGAUGUUCGAGGGCCUCGGUCUCGGCUCCCGUAUUGCCGCCGUUCCAUACCCUAGGGGUAGCUGGAAGCCAUGGGCACUUGUCGUGGCCUUCGGUACAACAGCUCCUAUCGGCCAAGCUCUCGGCCUUGCUACUCGUGGCUCGUACGACCCUAACAGCGCCUUUGGUUUAAUCAUGGUCGGGGCAUUCAACGCAAUUUCCUCUGGUCUCCUACUCUAUGCCGCACUUGUUGAUUUGCUUGCCGAGGACUUCCUUUCCGAGGAAGCGAACCACACUUUGACCACCAGGGACAAAAUCAAAGCCUUCUGCUACCUUCUCAUGGGCGCAGCUGGUAUGUCCAUCGUGGGGGCUUUCGCUUAAAGAUGUCAUUCGCUUCCUCUGCUCUCAUUUUGAAAGGACAUCACUGAUGGUUACGUUUGCCAAGCUCGUAUCACAACCGUCACACCAGAUUCACGUCGGGUUCUUGAGAGGGAACAUUUACUCCAUCACGCCCCAGAAUGUUUUCCAGAUCACCGUCUGCCCGGACGAUGAAUUCUUGGCCGUCUUGGGUCGUCCUUUUUUUUUUUUAAUCUUUCAUUCAAG